UCCAGCAGCGAGCGGAGUGAGAGCGCAGGAGCCAAGAGGAGCGACGCCGAGUGUUUCCUGCUCAAGGACCCGCAAAACUAACAAUAACAACAACACAAAUAAGAAUAAGAACAAGACUCCAUUAGUUAUUUUAUUUCUUUGACUUACUUUCCUCCACGGAACGCGACAAGUGUCCGCAGGGACCCGGAGAAGGAGAAGGAGAAGAAGAAGAAGGGCAGAGGACUUUGAAGCAGCUGAGGCGUUCAGGCUCCUACUCACCUCCGACAUGGCGACAACCACCUGCACCAGGUUCACGGACGAGUACCAGCUGUACGAGGAGCUUGGGAAGGGCGCUUUCUCAGUCGUGAGGAGGUGCAUGAAGAUUUCUACGGGGCAGGAAUACGCCGCCAAAAUAAUCAAUACCAAGAAGCUCUCUGCCAGGGAUCACCAGAAGCUGGAGCGAGAGGCCCGGAUCUGCCGUCUGCUCAAGCAUCCCAACAUCGUGCGGCUCCAUGAAAGCAUAUCAGAGGAAGGAUUCCACUAUCUGAUAUUUGACUUAGUUACCGGCGGUGAGUUGUUUGAAGACAUCGUCGCCAGGGAGUACUACAGCGAAGCCGAUGCCAGUCACUGCAUACAGCAAAUUCUAGAAAGUGUAAAUCAUUGCCACGUAAAUGGCAUAGUGCACAGGGACCUAAAGCCGGAGAACUUGCUCCUCGCCAGCAAGUUGAAGGGGGCGGCGGUUAAACUGGCAGACUUUGGCCUGGCCAUCGAGGUGCAGGGAGAACAGCAGGCAUGGUUCGGUUUUGCCGGGACACCAGGGUACCUGUCUCCAGAGGUGUUGAGGAAAGAUCCCUACGGCAAGCCAGUGGACAUGUGGGCCUGUGGUGUGAUUCUCUACAUCCUCCUGGUGGGAUAUCCACCUUUCUGGGAUGAGGACCAGCACAGACUCUACCAGCAGAUAAAAGCUGGCGCUUAUGAUUUCCCGUCACCCGAGUGGGACACGGUGACUCCAGAGGCCAAAGACCUGAUCAACAAGAUGCUGACCAUUAAUCCAGCCAAGAGAGUCACUGCCACAGACGCACUCAAACACCCCUGGAUCUGCCAACGCUCCACUGUGGCGUCAAUGAUGCACAGACAGGAGACUGUGGAGUGCCUGAAGAAAUUCAACGCCAGGAGGAAACUCAAGGGUGCCAUCCUGACCACCAUGCUGGCCACUCGCAACUUCUCAGCCAAGAGCCUGCUGAACAAAAAGACGGACGGUGUCAAAGAGUCCAGCGAGAGCGCCAACACCACCAUCGAGGACGAGGACGUGAGAGCUCGGAAGCAGGAGAUCAUUAAAGUCACCGAGCAGCUGAUUGAGGCCAUCAACAACGGAGACUUUGAGGCCUACACGAAGAUUUGUGAUCCCGGCCUCACGUCCUUUGAGCCCGAGGCCCUGGGAAACUUGGUGGAGGGCACCGACUUCCACCGCUUCUACUUUGAGAACGCUCUGUCUAAGGGGAAGCAGCCGAUCCACACCAUCCUGCUCAAUCCCCACGUCCACCUGAUCGGGGACGAGGCCGCCUGCAUCGCCUACAUCCGCCUCACCCAGUACAUCGACGUCGGCGGCAUGCCUCGCACCAUGCAGUCGGAGGAGACCCGCAUCUGGCACCGCCGCGACAGCAAGUGGCAGAACAUCCACUUCCACCGCUCCGGCUCGCCCACCGUGCCCACCAAUUGAGUUGAAGAUCUGCUACGGCAGCUGACGAGACCCCGCCUACCAAGAAUCCAUCGAACCCCUCAGCCAAUCCCUGCCCAUAACAGCUAGAGCUCAGCCCUCUCAGUGUGUUGUUUACAUAUUGUCGCUGCUCGACUGAAGAUUAUUGUACACGUUAGGGGGGGGGGGGCAAUUGAGAGAGAAAUCGUUAACGGUAUCAUUUUGUCGUGAGUGCGUGGCGGUGUUCAUUUCCGGAUCUUUCCAUCCGCAACAUGUUUCAAUACGCUGAGUUUUUUUUUUUAGAUCAGUACGUUUUUAAAUAGAAGUGAUUUUCAGAGGCGCCAGUUGAUUGGUUUUUAAGAGGCUGGUCGAAUAUGUGAAACUUCCAGUUGUCAUUGUAGUGAGAGUUUGUCAUUUGAAUAUUGCACAUAUUGAGGACUCAUGAGCUAUCGUGAUGUUUUCGCCUUUCGGCACAAAGACCAAUAUAUCACAUAUCUGCUUUUUACUCGUGUAUCUUUUCAGAAUUGCCAUCUGCUAUAGCGCAGACACACGCUUGCUUUGUUUCGGUGAUGUAUAGGUUUCGGUAAUUGAUGUAACUUGCUCUCUCUCUCUAUCUUUUGUAGUAUCCAUCUGCAUUAAGUAUGCUUACUAGGAAUCUUACUACAUGUUUAAAACAGGAAAAUCAUUUGGAAGGGGUGUUUUUUAUUUUGUGCGUUCGGAGCUCCUCUUGUGGAGCCUCUUGUGAUAGAAGGUAAACUUAACUAGAAAUUUGCGUAUACUUCUUAAGGGCCAUUCUGUCACUCUCGCCAGUUCAAUCGUAUUUUCAUACAGUACAGAGCAAAUUAUGUGAAUUUUAUCAGUUUUUCUAUUUGGUUUUGUUUACUUUUUAUAUUGUGAUUCUGAUGCUUGUCCCUCCACUUGUCAUUACUAUUAUUAUUGCAUUUCUUUAAGUACCCUAAUUGAUGUUAUUCCUUUAUUUCACCUGGAAUGUUUGCUCAAUAUUUCCAUGCCAAUGUUUUAUAGCGCCACAUUUUACACUGGAUAGGACUGACGUAGAAUCAUGUUCAAACUCGUUCAGGAAGCAACUUCCUGUUGAUUUUUGCCGUUAGCAAUUGGAUAUUUGGUCGAAGUUCCACAUCACCAUUCUCUUUUAGUCAUUGAUAUGUGUCUAUAAUUAUGUUAUCCUAGUGUCACUGUUGGGGAUUGUAGGCAUCACUUACAGGUUUAUAUUUAAACACUUAAAUUGAGGUUUUAAUGUGAAUUUAAUUAAUUUAAUUUCAAAAUGAGGGAAAUUAAACAGUCACAUUUUCAAAUGGAGUCACAGGGUUCACUGAGAAUUUGGGUUCAGCAUAUUAAUGUUUUGCUUACAAGCAUACGAGUAAUGACAUCACUGAAUCGUUCCAAAUUUUUUUUAACAUUCUUCUGUGUGAUCACAAGUUCCACAAACACCACAAUUGUUUUUCUAUCAUCUUAAGAUGCAUUGAAAUUCCCAAUACGACACUGGUAUAUAAUGUUGCAAUGAUGGGACAAACCUAAUGUAUGUUUAAGAUAUAUCAAAUAAAUUGUGUGAUUUCUGCCAAAUGA